AGUUGUGUUGGUACGGUCAUCCGACCAUGUGGUAGAUGGUCGAUGGUCUCUCUCGGCUAGUUUGAUUUAUCUACGUGCGUGAAGAAAGUACUACCUCAUAUUUUAAUUUACCUACUGCACGAAUAUAACGAAACGAUUCGAGGGAUUUUAUGUGCGAAGUACCCUUGGGAAUUAUUUAAGAUUUUACUACAUAAGAUAUUUAUUUAAUCAUUAAGAAUCUUCAAGUAUAGGAAUAGCAAAACAAAAUGUCGAAAGAAGUGAACAGUAUGGUAUGGGACUACCUAGUCUUCGUGAUAUUCGUGAUAGCCAGCACGUUCGUCGCUGUAUACUCGAAAUGUUUCGGGCCAAAGGAAAAGACGAAAGCCGACUACGUUUUUGCCGCAGGAAAGGUCUCCAUGGGGGCCAUGAUGCUGAGCAUAGCCAGGGGGACGCUGGGCGUCAGAUCCUUCCUAGGUUACCCUUCGGAACUAUUCUACAGAGGAGCGACGAUGUGGGAGACCCUCUACGGCAUGGUCUUGGCCUAUCCUAUAGUUUGUUUCAUAUUUGUUCCGGUGUACUUCAACCUCGGUAUAACGUCUAUUUACCAAUAUUUGCACCUCAGGUUCAAAUCGCAGUUUGUGAAGCAAUUGGCGUCGGGAACGUACAUAGUAAGAGCUCUCCUCAACCAGGGUGUGACAGUUUUCACUCCUUGCGUUGCUCUCAACACCGUUAUUGGAAUUCCUUAUUGGGUCUCCAUCUCCGGCAUUUCGGUAGUCAGCAUUAUUUUCAAUAUGCUGGGCGGUUUGAAGGCCGCUAUUUGGGCGGACGUAAUGCAGGGCGUUACAAUGAUAGUGGUCAGCAUGGCGAUAAUAUUUCAAGGAUGCUUCGAAGCCGGUGGUCCUAGUAAAGUAGUUUCCAUUAACAAGGAAGAUGGCAGAUUGAAUUUUUUCAACUUCAGCUUGGAUCUUACUGCAAGAGUUACGACAACUUCAGCUUUGAUAGGUCAACUGUUUAUGUCUCUUUCGAUUUUCGGAUGCCAACAAAACUUCGUUCAACGCUACUGCAGCAUGGACUCGCAAAAACAAGUUACUAAGGCUAUGAUGUGGAACAUCCCCGUCAUUACAGUACUAUUCAGUCUCUCGUGGGUGGUGGGCAUGGUGGUGUACGCAGUGUACGCCAGUUGCGAUCCCCUAUCAACCGGCUACAUAGACAAAUACGACGAAAUCCUGCCGUUUUUCGUGGAGGACCGAUUCAGCUAUCUGCCCGGCAUAUUGGGAUUGUUUAUGGCCAGCCUGUUCAACGGCGCCCUCAGUUUGAACGUGUCGAACCUGAACUCCCUGGCGACGGUCACUUUCGAGGACUUCAUCCGGCCCAUUCCCGUGCUCAGGAACUUGAAGGACCACCACCAGCUCUGGGCCAUCAAAUUCAUCGGGGUCGUCUACGGGUUCAUCAUCAUGGGAAUCAGCUUCGGAGUGGGGCUCUUGGACGGCGUAAUAGAGUCGUCCUUAUUGGUCACAUCGGCCACUUCGGGGCCUCUCCUCGGCGUCUUCGUCAUGGCUAUACUGAUACCAUGCGCCAAUUGGAAGGGCGCCAGCAUAGGAAUGAUAACUGGACACGUAGUGACUUUGUGGAUCACUUUCGGCGGUUUAACUGUAGAAAAACCACCGGCGAAUCGGCUGGCUUUGUACACGGACGGUUGCAGUAACUCGUCAUUCAAUCCGCACAUCCUCAAGCCCGAGCACAACGUGCUCAGUUGGACUCCCACAACCACCCCGUCGCCGUACUUCAUCUACAACGACACUCACAGUCUACUCAACACGACGAGGGCCGCUCCAUCCGAUCCCCUCACCCAAUUGUACUCGGUGAGCUACAUGUACUACUCGUUCAUCGGCUGCUUCAUCACGAUCCUCUUCGGCUGGGCGGUGUCCUAUUUCACCGGCAGCGAGGAAGACAGGUACGACGAGGAGCUGAUCCACCCGAUCGCCAGGAAGAUGGCCAACGUUUUUCCGGGCAAGAAGCGCAUCUACUCGCAGAAGGACGACUGCAUGGACGAGAAGCUGGAGAAAACCGGCAAAGGGGACAAUUUCGUGCAGCCGUCGACGAGCCUCUCGGUGCAGGAUUGCAGGAAGGGCGGUAAUAUUAAUCCCAUUUUUAGCACUGACGCACCGGACGAGCCGGUAGAUGGGAUUUACAAAACGAAAUUGUGAUUUUCGGCUAGAGAUACGUUUCGAUAAACUGUUGUGAUCUCCAGCUGUACUUUUUUUUGUUUGAAAGAAAAAAAAGUGAUUGUGUUGAUAUUAUACGUUAUUUCGUUUUAAGGAUUUAAAUUAGUAUCGUCAUGAUAUUAUGUAAGUAGGUAGUUUUAAGAAGUGGUUUUUCUACUGGGCUAUUAUCAAUCACUAUUGCCGCUCUAAAUUCUUAUCAAUUUUUUCUGUGAUUAUUUAGAUUCGGUUUUUUAGGAAGUGUGCUAAUGACUAUUUCACGCUAGUCAAACUAUACUCUUGCCUUUUACCGUUUAAAUAUUAUAUGUAAACUGGACUCUAAAAUAGAACUGCUAGGACCAGUAGAUCCUUUUUCAUUUAUUUAUUAAUUAAUCGACGUGCCGUGACGCGCUUAUUGACGUAUCUACUUAGGUAAUUGUAAGCUGAACUUACCAAUAUAAUUAAUGGUGGACACAAAAAACUAGAUUUAUAAUCAUUUAUUGUGCCAAAUUGAACGUUUUUUUUAGUACUAUAAAAGGGUAAUUUACGUUUAUUUGAGUAAAUGAUAAAGUUCGAUCAUUCUUCUAUUGAUAAGUUUGUAAGUGUGACAAUGGUUAAAACUUAAGUAGUGAAUUUUAAUUUAAGACAUUCUUUUGUACGGUGUUAUAUGAAUAUAUAAUUUUUAAGUUCCUUUCAAAUAAAUGUUUUGAACAGUAUUAUUACAUAAAUAAAUAAUUUUGUACGAGUUAUAUUAUAUAUUAUGGAUACUAGUUCAAUAUGUGUGAGUUAGUAGCAGCAUGUGGCAGAAAUUUGUUUUCUUUAUUCGAAACCUAUACUUACAUGUACUUACAAGUUAUGCUCAAACUUAUACAUAUGUAAAUAAGUAUAAUACUCGCCCUUUAUCUUAUGGUUUAUUUAACAUUGACAAUACUUCUAACUGGAUUUUUAGUGCAAACUGAAGGAUAUCAUUAUCCUAGUGAGAUAAAAGUCAAGUAUUAUAGACGCUUUAGGUUGUACUUUGUUUAAAAGUGUUUUUUUUUCACUAACAAUACUUUAUUUGUAAUAAGGUCAGUUUAAGCAUAUAGUUUAAUAGAAUUCAUGUUAAGAAGAAAAAUUGUAGAUUUAUCUAGAAAGCCAAGAAAAAUAAACGGACACAUUGGAA